AUGGGCGACCCACCUGAAAUAAAUGAGACAGACUCUCCUGUUGAUCUGAGAGACCAACAGGAUGAAUCACUGUCAGAAUCAAACUCCACUGGACAGAAGCAGUUGGACUCGAUUUUUAAGGAGCUUGAACACAAAAUAAUCUUUCUGACAAAGAAAGAGCUGAAGAGGAUCAAAGGAGCUCUGAGCCCAGAUUACUCCGCAUGCUCUGAGAGAGAGGAGAAGGAGGAGGUGGAUGAAGGUGAAAGCAGAGUCAGACAGGGGCUUCUGCAGAUCACCCUGAAUGUCCUGAGGAGGAUGAACAAGACAAACCUUGUUAACAUACUACAGACCAGACUUGCCCCUUUUUAUGUGAAGCAACACAAAUCCAGACUAAAGGAGAAAUUUCAGAGAAUUCAUGAAGGAAUAUCAAAUCAAGGCAUCUCCACAUCUCUGCAUGAGAUCUACACAGAGCUGUACAUCACAGAGGGAGGGAGUGGAGAGGUCAGUAAUGAACAUGAGGUGAGACAGAUUGAGACACAAUCCAGGAGACCAGAGACACAGGAAAGACCAAUCAAAUGCAAUGACAUAUUUAAGCCUUUACCUAGACAAAACAAAUCCAUCAGAACUGUGCUGACUAAAGGAGUUGCUGGAAUUGGAAAAACAGUUUCAGUGCAGAAGUUCGUUCUGGACUGGACUGAAGGAAAAGCAAAUCAGGAUCUCCACUUCAUUUUCCCACUUCCUUUUAGAGAGCUGAAUUUAAUAAAGGAGAGCAAUCUCAGUUUGAUUAACCUGAUUCAUCAUUUUUUCACACAUACAAAUAAAUUGAGCUCAUCAAACAUUGAUGACUUCACAGUCCUGUUUAUCUUUGAUGGCCUGGAUGAGUGUCGACUCCCUCUGGAUUUUCAGAACAAUGAUAUUUUAUGUGAUGUGACAGAAUCAGCCUCAUUGGAUGGGCUGCUGACAAACCUCAUCAAGGGGAAUCUGCUUCCUUCUGCUCUCUUCUGGAUCACCUCUCGACCAGCAGCCGCCAGUCAGAUCCCUCCUGAAUGUGUUGACCAGGUCACAGAUGUACGAGGGUUCAAUGAUCCUCAGAAGGAUGAGUAUUUCAGGAAGAAGAUAAAUGAUCAGAGUCUAGCCAGUAAAAUCAUUGCACACAUCAAAUCAUCAAGAAGCCUGCACAUCAUGUGUCACAUCCCAGUCUUCUGCUGGAUUUCAGCUACUGUUCUGGAGAGAAUAUUGAGUGAAGCAGAGAGUGCAGAGAUCCCCAAGACUCUCACUCAAAUGUUCACACACUUCCUGAUCUUUCAGCUCAAACUGAAAUCCCUGAAGUACGAUGGGAAAUGUGACGUUAAUCUUAAACAGGCCAGAAGUAAUAUCCUGUCACUGGGAAAACUGGCUUUUCAACAGCUGGAAAAAGGGAACCUGGUCUUCUAUGAGGAAGACCUGAGAAAGUGUGGCAUUGAUGUCAGAGAUGCAUCAGUGUAUUCAGGAGUUUGUACCCAAAUCUUCAGAGAGGAGUUUGGGCUGUACCUAGGGAAGGUGUACAGCUUUGUACAUCUGAGCAUCCAGGAGUUUCUUGCUGCUUUAUAUGUGUUUCUUUGCUUUUUUAAACAAACAGGAUUUGUUAGCAUGUUCAGAUCAUCUUUGACUGAUUCACUUAAGAGUGAAGUGGACAAGGCCUUACAGAGUGAAAAUGGUCACCUUGAUCUUUUCCUUAGAUUCCUUUUGGGUCUCUCACUGGAGUCCAAUCACACUCUCUUACGAGGUCUACUGAAAAAGACAAGAAUCGGAUCUCGCAGUGAACAGGAAAUAGUUGAGUACAUUAAGAUGAAGAUCAGGGAGAAUUCCUCUUCAGAGAAAUCCAUCAAUCUGUUCCACUGUCUGAAUGAACUGAAUGAUGAUUCUCUAGUGCAGGAAGUCCAAAUAUACCUGAGCACAACUGGUGACAGUCAACUCUCUGCGGUUAAACUGUCUCCUUCUCAGUGGUCAGCUCUGGUGUUUGUGCUGCUGACCUCAGAAGAGAAGCUGGAUGACUUUAAACUGCGUAAAUAUCAUAAAUCAGAGGAAUGUCUUCUGAGUCUGCUGCCAGUAAUAAAAGCAUCUACAAAAGCUGAUCUGAGACGCUGCAAUCUCAUGGAGAAAAGCUGUUCAGCUCUGGCCUCAGUUCUCAACUCAAAUAGCUCAAAUCUGAAUGAGCUGAACCUGAGUUACAACAAUUUGCUGGAUUCAGGAGUGAAGCUGCUCUCAGCUGGACUAAUGAGUCCUCAGUGUAAACUGAAGACAUUACAGCUGUGUAACUGUAGUUUUGGAGAGGAAGGUUGUUCUGUUCUGGCUUCAGCUCUGAGAUCAAACCCCUCACACCUGAGAGAACUAGAUUUGAAUGAUAACUAUCCAGGACAAUCAGGAAUGAAGCUGCUUUCUGAUCUACUGCAGGAUCCACUCUGUCAACUGAAAAAACUAGGGAUGUGUAACUGUAGUAUUGGAGAGGAAGGUUGUGCUGCUCUGACAUCAGCUCUGAAAUCAAACCCGUCACACCUGAGAGAACUGGAUCUAAGCUAUAAUAAACUAGGAGACUCAGGAGUGAAGCUGCUCUCUGAUCUACUGCAGGAUCCACACUGUAAACUGGAGACAUUACAGCUGUAUAACUGCAGUAUUGGAGAGGAAGGUUGUUCUUUUCUGGCUUCAGCUCUGAGAUCAAACCCGUCACACCUGAAAGAACUUGAUCUGGGCUGUAAUAAACUAAGAGAUUCAGGAGUGAAGCUGCUAGCUGAUCUACUGCAGGAUCCACAGCGUAAACUGAAAAAACUACUGUUGGAAAAUAGCAGUAUUGGAGAAGAUGGUUGUGCAGCUCUGGCUUCAGCUCUGAAAUUAAACCCAUCACACCUGAGAGAACUGGAUCUGGGCAAUAAUUAUCUAGGAGUCUUAGGAGUGAAGGCGCUCUCUCGUCUACUGCAGGAUCCAAAAUGUAAACUUGAGAUACUGCAGUUGUAUAACUGCCGUAUCGAAGAGAAAGGUUGUGCCCGUCUGAUUUCAGCUCUGAGAUCAAACCCCUCACACCUGAGAGAACUGAAUCUGAGCUGUAAUAAACCAAGUGUUUCAGAAAUUAAGCUGUUCUCUAACUUAGUACAGGAUCCACGCUAUAAACUGGAGAAACUAGAGUAA